AUGGGUAUUGACCUCGACAGGCAUCAUGUGCGCAGCACGCAUCGCAAAGCGCCAAAGAGCGACAAUGUCUACCUUAAGCUGCUUGUCAAACUCUACCGCUUCCUAGCUCGCAAAACCGACUCAAAUUUCAACAAAGUCGUUCUCCGCCGCCUCUUCAUGUCCCGCACCAACCGUCCCCCACUCUCCCUCAGCCGGCUCUGCAUGCUCGCCUCCCGCGGCACCCGCGAGAAACUCGCCCCAACGGAGAAAACCAUCGUCGUCAUCGGUACCAUCACUGACGACACCCGCCUGCUGAAAGUGCCCGAGAAACUUACCAUUGCGGCCCUCCACUUUACGGCUACCGCGAGAGCAAGGAUCGAGAAGGCGGGUGGGGAGUGCUUGACGAUGGAUCAGUUGGCGCUCAGGGCGCCGACGGGGAGUAACACGUUGCUGUUGCGGGGACCGAAGAAUGCGCGGGAGGCGGUGAAGCAUUUUGGGUUUGGGCCGCACAAAGGGAAGAAACCCUACGUUGAGAGCAAGGGCAGGAAGUUCGAGCGUGCUCGUGGAAGGAGACGAUCCAGGGGUUUCAAGGUCUAG